GAGAGAGGGGGAGAGAGAGAAAGAAAGUUUUCGCUCCCGUAGCAAGCAAGGGAAGGGCCGAGUGCGGCGGAGCCCCCCGACAGCCCCAUGGCUUUAUAAAGCGGCUGCUCUCCGGGGGGGGGGAGGCGGGGGGGUCUGAGCGGCUUUUCUUCGCUUUUUAUUUUUUUUUCUUUCAUUUUUUUUUCCCGCUUGACGAGUUGUCCCGAGCUGGUGCCCCUUUUUUUGUGGACCAUGGAUACGCACACACGGUGGAAAAGGCGAAGCUGGAUACGGAGCUGGCCGGUGCCCGCAGCGCUGCUCCUGCUGGGCGCCGCGUCCCUGGGCGCCGCAGCUGAGCCUGCAGAUCUCUUGAAGGUAUUAGAUUUCCAUAAUUUACCUGAUGGUAUAACAAAAACAACAGGGUUUUGCACAAGCAGAAGAUCUUCAAAAGAAGCAGAUGUUGCUUAUCGAGUAACAAAAGAGGCUCAGCUUAGUGCACCAACAAAGCAGCUGUAUCCUGCUUCCCCAUUCCCAGAGGACUUCUCCAUUCUAACCACUGUAAAAGCGAAGAAAGGAGGUCAGUCCUUCUUGAUCUCAAUUUACAAUGAGCAAGGGAUCCAGCAAAUUGGUGUGGAGAUGGGUAGAUCUCCUGUAUUCCUGUAUGAAGACCAUACAGGAAAGCCAGGCCCAGAAGACUAUCCUCUCUUUAGAGGCAUUAACCUAGCAGAUGGCAAGUGGCACAGAGUAGCCAUCAGUGUGCAAAAGAAAAAUGUCACCUUAAUUUUGGAUUGUAAAAAGAAGAUAACCAAGUUCUUGGACCGAAGUGACCACCCCAUCAUUGAUGUCAAUGGCAUCAUCGUAUUUGGAACAAGGAUACUGGAUGAAGAAGUCUUUGAGGGCGACAUCCAGCAGCUCCUGAUCGUGGCGGACCCCAGAGCAGCCCACGAUUACUGCGAGCACUACAGCCCCGACUGCGACACCGCCAUCCCGGACUCGCCCCAGUCCCAGGACCCCAACCAGGACGAAUACUACACUGACGGGGAGGGAGAGACCGAUACUUAUUACUAUGAAUAUCCCUACUACGAAGAUGUGGAUGAAGCUGUAAAGCCAGAAGCACCCACCACCAAACCUGCUACUGCUGAAGCGGCUGCUGGAGAGGGACCUGAAACCAAGCAGGACUACCCUGACCCCACGCAAUCACCUGAUGGAGGGGACCCUGGCAAGCAGACGAAGGAGGAUCAUACCGUGGAUGACCCCCUCGUGGAUGAGUACAACUAUGAAACCAUCAACGAAGAGUACUUUACACCUCUGCCUUAUGAGGAUAUCAACUACAACGAAGAACUAGAUCCCCAGGGUGGACUUACGGAAAAUGCUGUUGAAGCUGAGCUCCCCACUAGUACAGUCAUCACCUACAACGAGACCGAUGCUGGUCAAGGAGGAGACGACCUGGAUAAAGAUUUCACUGAAGAAACAAUAAAAGAAUAUGAUGGGAAUUACUAUGAUAACUACUAUGACAGGACGGUCUCUCCUGAUAUCGGGCCAGGAAUGCCUGCCAACCAGGACACCAUCUACGAAGGGAUUGGUGGCCCACGGGGUGAGAAAGGACAGAAGGGAGAACCUGCAAUUAUUGAACCGGGUAUGCUUGUCGAAGGCCCACCUGGUCCCGAAGGCCCGGCAGGCCUUCCAGGACCUCCAGGACCAACUGGACCUGUGGGCCAAAUGGGUGACCCUGGGGAGAGAGGACCACCAGGCCGCCCGGGUCUUCCAGGAGCAGAUGGUUUACCCGGACCACCAGGGACAAUGCUUAUGUUGCCUUUCCGCUUUAGUGGAGGAGGAGAUGCUGGCUCUAAAGGACCUCUCGUUUCAGCACAGGAGGCCCAAGCCCAAGCUAUCCUGCAGCAGGCAAGGCUGGCGCUGAGAGGACCAGCAGGCCCAAUGGGUCUGACGGGACGACCAGGCCCUGUGGGACCCCCAGGCAGUGGAGGACUAAAAGGCGAAGCAGGAGAAAUGGGACCGCAGGGUCCGCGAGGCAUCCAAGGCCCUCCAGGCCCAGCAGGAAAACCAGGCCGCAGGGGACGAGCCGGCAGCGAUGGUGCCCGGGGAAUGCCAGGCCAGACAGGACCAAAGGGUGACCGAGGGUUUGAUGGCUUGGCUGGUUUGCCUGGUGAGAAGGGAAACAGAGGUGAGCCUGGCCCCCACGGACCCCCGGGAGCACCCGGAGAGGAUGGCGAGAGGGGAGAUGAUGGAGAAGUUGGACCUAGAGGGCUGCCUGGAGAACCUGGACCCCGAGGACUGCUGGGACCGAAAGGACCACCGGGUCCUCCAGGGCCACCGGGUGUGGCUGGUAUGGAUGGACAAACUGGUCCCAAGGGGAAUGUGGGUCCUCAAGGUGAGCCGGGUCCCCCAGGACAACAGGGUAAUCCAGGUGCUCAGGGUCUUCCAGGUCCACAAGGCCCGAUCGGUCCCCCAGGAGAGAAAGGGCCGCUGGGCAAACCUGGUCUUCCUGGCAUGCCUGGUGCAGAUGGUCCUCCGGGUCAUCCUGGCAAGGAAGGUCCUCCUGGAGAGAAGGGGAGUCAGGGUCCACCAGGACCUCAGGGCCCCAUUGGUUACCCAGGACCUCGUGGAGUCAAGGGAGCAGAUGGUGUUCGUGGACUGAAAGGUACCAAAGGUGAAAAGGGUGAAGAUGGUUUCCCUGGCUUCAAAGGUGAUAUGGGCAUCAAGGGAGACCGGGGUGAAAUUGGUCCUCCUGGCCCAAGAGGCGAGGAUGGUCCUGAAGGCCCCAAAGGUCGCUCUGGUCCCAAUGGAGAUCCUGGUCCUCUUGGUCCUGCUGGAGAAAAGGGAAAGCUUGGCGUUCCAGGAUUACCAGGUUACCCUGGAAGACAAGGCCCAAAGGGUUCAAUCGGGUUCCCAGGAUUUCCAGGAGCCAAUGGAGAGAAGGGUGCACGGGGGACACCUGGCAAACCGGGUCCAAGGGGGCAGCGCGGUCCAACGGGUCCACGUGGGGAAAGAGGCCCUAGGGGAAGCACUGGGAAGCCUGGCCCGAAGGGCAACUCUGGUGGUGACGGCCCCCCUGGUCCGCCUGGCGAAAGGGGACCACCAGGGCCUCAAGGACCAACUGGAUUUCCUGGACCAAAAGGCCCCCCUGGUCCUCCUGGAAAGGAUGGAUUGCCUGGUCACCCCGGACAGAGAGGAGAAACUGGUUUCCAAGGCAAGACAGGCCCUCCAGGCCCUCCUGGUGUUGUAGGCCCUCAGGGUCCGACUGGUGAGACUGGCCCAAUGGGUGAGCGGGGACAUCCAGGCCCGCCAGGUCCCCCUGGUGAACAAGGUCUUCCUGGCCUCACUGGAAAGGAAGGGACCAAGGGUGAUCCUGGGCCUGCUGGUCUCCCGGGAAAGGAUGGUCCCCCGGGCUUGCGAGGCUUCCCUGGAGAGAGAGGCCUCCCUGGCCCAAUUGGUGCUCCAGGACUGAAAGGCAACGAAGGUCCCCCAGGGCCUCCAGGUCCAGCAGGCUCUCCUGGUGAGCGAGGUCCCGCGGGUUCAGCUGGCCCAAUAGGCCUGCCAGGGCGACCUGGCCCACAAGGGCCUCCAGGACCUGCAGGUGAAAAGGGAGCCCCGGGUGAGAAAGGCCCUCAAGGGCCGGCUGGUCGGGAUGGCAUCCAGGGCCCAGUUGGACUCCCAGGGCCAGCAGGUCCUGUUGGGCCACCUGGAGAAGAUGGAGACAAGGGUGAGAUUGGAGAACCCGGCCAGAAGGGCAGCAAGGGUGACAAAGGGGAACAGGGUCCACCAGGUCCUACAGGACCACAGGGUCCAAUUGGUCAGCCAGGCCCAGCUGGUGCUGAUGGAGAGCCAGGUCCUAGAGGACAGCAAGGCCUCUUUGGUCAGAAAGGUGAUGAAGGACCGAGAGGUUUCCCUGGUCCCCCCGGCCCAGUGGGCUUGCAGGGUUUGCCUGGACCACCUGGUGAGAAGGGAGAAACAGGGGAUGUUGGGCAGAUGGGUCCACCAGGCCCACCUGGACCCAGAGGUCCCUCUGGACCACCAGGAGCAGACGGUCCACAGGGUCCUCCUGGGGGAAUAGGAAAUCCUGGUGCAGUAGGAGAGAAGGGUGAACCUGGGGAGUCUGGUGAGCCUGGUCUUCCCGGGGAGGUUGGCCUCCCGGGUCCUAAAGGUGAAAGAGGUGAAAAAGGUGAAGCAGGUCCCUCAGGUGCUGCUGGUCCACCUGGCCCCAAAGGUCCACCCGGUGAUGAUGGUCCCAAGGGCAGCCCUGGUCCAGUUGGUUUCCCUGGUGACCCUGGUCCUCCUGGAGAACCUGGUCCAGCUGGUCAAGAUGGUCCCCCUGGUGACAAAGGUGAUGAUGGUGAACCCGGGCAGACUGGUUCCCCUGGUCCCACAGGAGAGCCAGGCCCCUCUGGACCACCAGGAAAAAGGGGUCCCCCUGGUCCAGCCGGUCCUGAAGGAAGGCAGGGCGAGAAAGGCGCCAAGGGUGAAGCUGGUUUGGAAGGACCUCCUGGGAAGACAGGCCCAAUUGGUCCCCAAGGUGCUCCAGGGAAACCCGGCCCUGAUGGCCUUCGAGGAAUUCCUGGUCCAGUUGGUGAACAAGGUCUGCCAGGCUCCCCUGGCCCAGAUGGUCCUCCAGGCCCAAUGGGUCCACCUGGUUUGCCUGGUCUUAAAGGAGACUCUGGUCCCAAAGGAGAAAAGGGUCAUCCAGGUUUAAUUGGUCUUAUUGGACCACCAGGUGAGCAGGGAGAAAAGGGUGACAGAGGUCUCCCAGGACCCCAGGGCUCAGCAGGCCCCAAAGGAGAGCAGGGUAUCACAGGUCCUUCUGGACCAAUUGGACCCCCAGGGCCACCAGGAUUACCGGGUCCACCUGGUCCCAAAGGUGCUAAAGGAUCAUCAGGUCCAACAGGUCCAAAGGGUGAAUCGGGUCUUCCUGGGCCCCCAGGACCUCCUGGUCCUCCUGGAGAAGUCAUCCAGCCCCUGCCCAUCCAGGCAUCCAAGAGGACUAGGCGAAACAUUGAUGCCAGCCAGCUGGUGGAUGAUGGAAAUGCUGACAACUACAUGGAUUAUGCAGAUGGCAUGGAGGAAAUUUUUGGCUCACUGAAUUCCUUGAAACUGGAAAUUGAGCAAAUGAAGCAUCCCUUGGGCACUCAACAUAACCCAGCUCGUACCUGCAAGGACCUGCAGCUCUGUCACCCUGAUUUCCCAGACGGUGAAUACUGGGUUGAUCCUAACCAAGGAUGUUCCAGGGACUCUUUCAAAGUUUACUGUAAUUUCACAGCUGGUGGAGAGACUUGCAUCUUCCCUGACAAGAAGUCUGAAGGAGCUAGAAUUACUUCUUGGCCAAAGGAAAACCCAGGCUCCUGGUUCAGUGAAUUCAAGCGCGGUAAACUGCUCUCCUACGUGGACUCGGACGGGAACCCCAUCGGCGUAGUGCAGAUGACUUUCCUGAGGCUCCUGAGCGCGUCGGCCCACCAGAACAUCACCUACAACUGCUUCCAGUCCGUAGCCUGGCACGACGCCACCACGGACAGCUACGACAAGGCCAUCCGCUUCCUGGGCUCCAACGAUGAGGAGAUGUCCUACGACAACAACCCCUACAUCCGAGCCGCCAUCGACGGCUGCGCGGCAAGGAAAGGCUAUCAGAAGACUAUCCUGGAAAUCAACACACCCAAAGUAGAGCAAGUACCUAUAGUCGACAUCAUGUUCAAUGACUUUGGAGAAGCGUCACAGAAAUUUGGAUUCGAGGUGGGACCAGCUUGCUUCUUGGGCUAAGAGCCACCUGAAACUAGUCUCCAAAUGAGCAACCUCGUAACCUCAUUGCGCCAUUCAAUGAAUUAAAAAAUAAUUAAAAAAAAAAAAGAAGAAAAUCCUUGUCACAUGCACGUUCUGAAACUGGACAGUGAUGAGUUAUUUUUUUUCGUUUCGUUUUGUUCCUCGUUUUGCCCGAGUUCUCCCGCGCCACUGCACCCGCACGUACCGAACCGCCGACCAAGAGAAGCGUUCCCGCGCCGGACGCAGAAUCGCAUGACCUGAGCGCAGCACGCGCGGCAGAGCGGCCCGGCCCCGCGCCCCGCUCCCGGCGCCCCCGGCCGCGGCACCCUGCCUCCCACCGCUUCCCGCUCGCAGCCGCCGAACGGACUCCGCCGCCUCCCCUUGGGUAUCCGGAAAUGGAAACAGAGCAAAGACUUUUUUCUUCCGUGAAACGACACCAAGCGCUUGUUUAUAGGUUAUUUUUGUCUGUCUGUCUGUCUGUUUCUAAGGAAAACAGAAAAAACUUGAAACUCCUGCGUUCAACUUGACGUUGAAGUCACGACAGCCCUGGCUCUAAUCCAAACCCUGCUGAAGCUCGUCACAGUCGUUUUGUUGACUUCCGUGAGAUUUGGAUUGGGUCUAGCAAGCAGAAGUAAUGGCCAUUUCCAGAGUUUUCAUUGCCUCCAUUUAAUUGCCUAAUUGCAUCUUUUACAAAAAUUAACCCGAUGAAUUUGAUAGCAAAAAGUCACACUGGGCAUCUCCUUCCCGUGCGUUAAAGGUGCUUAUAUUUUUGUAUGUUUGUAAGUAAAUAUUUGUAUUGUAUAUUAUUUUAAAUGUUUAAGUGUUUCUGGCUUCAAAACAUGCAUGUGACCCUGUGCGUAUUAAAAACGACAAUUCUCACCCGCAUCCCCAGCGCGUGUGCUCGCCCCGCCACCACCCAAAGCCUCCAGCGGAAGGGCCCGACGGGGUGGUGCACCAGCCCCGGAGCCACAGGCGUCUUUGGAGUGAUUCGCUCCAAAGCAAUAAUAAUAAUUUUUUUUAAAAAAAAAUCACUUUUUUAAUGAGAUUUCUACCCAACCCUCGUUCAAAACCAGGAUCCAGUUUGUGUCUCUGCCUUUACACACCCUUGCUUGCCUUCAGCGUACGUGGUUUAAAUUAAUUUUUCUUGCCUUCUUAUUCUUAAGAAGUUCUAAAAUAAAAAAAAUAAUAUAUCCAUUCCUGGUGGCAGAUUGGGCUGGCAGGGGAAAUCCAUUUGUCCUCUCUUAAUGUAAGUGUAAAAAAGAAAAAAGGAGGAAAAAAAAAAAGGUGCUCUUUGUUUUUACAUUUCUCUUUGUGGUGCUAUCUAUUUGAAUACCUUUAAUACAACACUGGCAAUACCCUGCCGUUGACCAGUCUCCCAAUGUCCUGCGCUUUAGCCGCUUCCCACGCGGACUGCAUGCCUCUGCUCCGGUUUUGGUUAUAAAUGCAUGCCACCUUCAUAUUUGUUAUGUAGAAGAGCUGCUUUCCUUGAUUGUAUUAUGGUAGCUUAUACAGCCUGCAUAGGAAGUAUUAAAUGUGCUUUUUUCUUUUCUUUUUUUUUUUUUUUUGAAAGGAUAUUCAUGCGUUUUAUAUGGUGGUAACCGUACCAGAUUGUACUCAGUCGCUGAAUGUUUGUGGUGCUAAUUUAUGUACUUGUUCCGUGUACUGACGUGAGGAUGAACCUGCCCGGGCGCGCGGCUCCCGCGGCCGGGCUGCCCGGAGCCUGUAAUUCUGUGCGUCUUCCCACGACGGCUGCCUUUUCACGUGCAGUUUUUGGAUUGCAGCCUGCUGACGCCAGUCCCCCCCCCCCCCCCCUUUCUUUUUCUUUUCUUUUUUUUUUUUUUUUCUCUCCCCUCCCCGGCCAUUUCCUUGUUUAGAUCUCUUGGCUGGAAAAUUAAGAUAUUGCAGGGUUUUUAUUUGGCCUGGAGUAUUACAGCGAGCUUGAGCCCGAGGACGGGGUGUCUGUCACCGUAACGGGAACGACAUCGCGUUUACUGUGAAUAAAAGCCGAUAUCCGAUGUCUUUUCCCCCGCUCCUCCCCAAGCGGAGAGCAGCGGUAGGCGAGGAGCGCGGCAGAAGCGGCGAGGCCGCGCGGUGCUUUUCUCUCUCCGAGAGCCGCGUACGUCUGUCUCCCUUGUCGCGUUGUGUGCUGGGGGGUCCCCCCCCCUCCCCUGCUUAGGGAAAAAAAAUAAAGGUGCUACCCUAAAAACUGCAGAGUCCAGCAGCAAAGCAGUGAAAACAAAUGUGUAAUAUAUAUAUCAGGAUUCAGCUUCUGGUUCACCUUGGUAAGAGCCUCGUGCAGGAAUAGUGGGAAGGGCAGGAAAGGUUGCACGUUCCUCUGCCGCAGCAAAGCCAUAUCGCGAUGUAUGUACGUGCACACGUGCGAGUCCGUCUGGGUCAUGUGAUUCUGUUACCGUGAAUUUUCAUCAAGGGAGCUUUUUUUCUUUUUUCCUUUUAUUUCUUUGCUUUAAGAAAAAAAAAAUCCUCUGUUGACUUCCACAGUGUUGUAAUUGUACUGAAGUUCAAAACUGUUCCAAUUUCCCCAGACCACUUAGCUACGGUAUAUUGCAAUAAAAUUACUACUUGUAUUUGCAGA